CUGAUUGGGACAACAAUCCAAUUCAAUACUUGCAGCUCUUUUGCGGAGUCAUCAAGUCCGGCCGCCAGGUCCACGCUACCUACCAAAUCCGGGCUUCCAACCCCCGACAACCAUCAUCCGCCAUGGCGUACACGGAUGAUGCCGUGCUCUCCAAGCUGUCGGCGCUCAACGAGACCCACGAGAGCAUCGCCACCACAGCCCAGUGGAUUAUGUUCCAUCGGCGACAUGCAUCCCAGACGGUCCAUCUGUGGCUGACCAAGCUGAAAGACCUCCCCAGCGCCAAGAGGCUAAACAUGAUUUACCUUGCCAACGAAGUCACACAGCAAUCCAAGGCUCGGCACAAGGAAGACUUCCUGAACGCCUUCUCCCCAUUCAUCGCAGAUGCAACGGCAGUUGCAUACAAGGGCGCCCCGAUCGACGUCCAAGCAAAGCUGCGAAGGGUCGUCGACGUGUGGCGGGAGCGAAGCAUCUUUGACCGUGAAAUCCUACAGGAUUUAGAUGCCAAAUUGGCGGAGAUUGAUCGUACUCGCCCAGCCGCUCACGUCGGUGUCUUUGGGAGCGGUCACUCGCUCAGCUCGUCGUCAGCCUCUUCGGUUCCUGCAGAGCUCAUUGCCUUGGCGAAAGCACAGCAGGCUGUUGCUAAGGCUGUCCAGCCCAUGAAGACUUCGCUCAAAAACGCCAACACUGAAUAUGAGAAGUCGGUCGACCCAGCAACUACCAGCGCACCACUCCCGGUACAGGCUGCCAGGCUCAAUGGGCUUCUCAAGACCCUGGCGAAUGCUGAAGGUGCUGUCACGCAGUGCAUUCAGGCGCGCAGGGAUUUGAUUCGGGAACUGGAGAAGAUCCUGGCGACAAACCGCGAGGCGCUCGACUCGGACGAGAAGCAGAUGAUGGAGCUGAGCGGUCGUCGGACCGAAGUGGAGCAAAAGAGGCAGACCAUCGAGCGGGCCAUUGUUGGCGGCCUCACUACGGAGGAGCUGUCGGGCGGUGCGGCAUCCGGGAGCCCCCUUCCCGAACCGGACCGUCCGCAGGUCGAGGCACUCACGCCGCCCCACGUUCAGGAUCAUGUCGAGGACUUCCACGGCAACUCCUCGUCGGCCGGCCAUCAACCUCAGAACGGCCAGCCUCAGCCAACGGCGUUCCAGGGUGCAGCCGCCCCAGGAGACGGCCAGGCUGCGUUCCCGAGCUCGGCUCCGGGCAUCGAGAUCCUCUCGAACCUUGCUUCGCAAUACCAGGCCGUGCCCCUGAACGGAUCCAAGAAGCGCAAGAUCGAGACGUCAGACGAGUUCCCGGAUCUGGGCGGCGAUGAUGGGAUUGACGCCGAUGUCAAGGAAAUACUCAGGAAGGAAAGCCACAGCUCUUGAACAGCGGCUGAUUGGACA